AUGAUCCGAGAGAAGGGGUCGCGGGAGGCGGAAGAGACACAUGAGGAGAAAAGAACUUCAUCCACCAAGCUUGAGGCGUCCCAGGCACCAAGCAUUCCAGCGAGUGCUUUCGAUAACCUGGACAAGAUGAAAGAGCGGAUGGCAAUUGAGGAUUCAGCCCCGUCGCAGAAACCCAAGCCGCCCACCCAGGAAGAGCUGAAGACGUUUAUGGACAGCAUGCUUCAAAAGGCUGGGAAAGUUCGUUCCUUGAUCCGAGACCUGAAGCAGAACUAUUCUCAAAGCAGCUCAAUGACUACGCAUGUCGACGAGUUGACAAAGUUGCUGAAGAACAUGGAUGCCGAGUAUGACAAGUGCAACAUGGUUUGCGCAAAUGGCGAGGUCAACGGUUACAACUCAAAGUUUGUUGCCGAAGGAACUGCUGCCAUGAAAGCGGCGACUUUUGCGUCCUCCAUGCCAGUUUAUGGAUACAUCGCGUUCUACCUUAGGUGCAGUGCGGCCAUUGCAGCGGAGAACAAAAUCAGGAAUGCCAAGAAAUAUGAGAAGAAGGAUUCAAAGCCGGCUACCCCGAAAGCGCUGGCUGCCCCGAAAGUUUCCAGUGCCAAGCCCUCCGGUUCUGGCAAGAGACCUGCUUCCGAGACGACCGACACGGUUUCGGCGCCUAAGAAGAAGAGUAAGAGCAAGGCCAAGAAGUGUGCUGGCCAGGCACUUCGUGUCAUAGCCGGUGACGUUGCCGAAGGUAAGCCCGGCUGCCGGAACGUGCGUCUGGGAGGUGACACGGUCAACACAGAUCUGAAAGGGACAGCCAAAGGCGUUGUUCGGGACAUUGGGAAGGAAAGCGCGGCCAAAUCUCCAGGCUUGAACGAGUUGGCCAGGUGUAGCGAAAAGAAUUCGGAAAGAGAUUUGCAGAACGUUACCAGCAAAAAAAAAUUGCUGUCACUGCCAAUUCCCUUGUCAACCAUUCCGAAACCUCCUGGAAUGCGAUAUGCUGGAGACUUCCAUGCAAUCAGUCUCAGGAAUUGGUGCAAGUUUCUUGUGACAUACUCUUGCUGGCAUGUCUUGUGUGGCCUGGUCCAGCCGAACCCUCCCCGAGAACGUGCGAUACUUCAAGAGUUUUGGCGGCGUUACCGGCUUUGGAGGCUGAACCAUGACCUCUGGAAGCUUGUUGAUUCCAGAAACAUUGACCUUUCGCGCACGGCACCAAUGGUUUUACCCGGCGAUGAAGGCCGAGGCUUCAAAAAGUCAGCGUUUUUGCUUUGUGCUUAUCACAGUUACAUCGGGCGGGGCACAGACCUGGCGAAUUCCACAAGAACUGCAAAACCAUAUGUUUCGAUGAAACUCAACUACGGAGGGAAUAGUUGGUCCCAUCGAUUUGUCACUGCCUGCCUCCCGAAGAUGAACAAAGAUGAAGCAGCAUUCCAAGCAAUUUGUGACUUCAUGACCGAAGAUGCCUUGGACCUCAUCAACAAUGGGGUGGUGGAUUCGACAGGAACCAAAUAUCAUAUGGUUGUUUUACAGUGCUCCGGCGACUGGCAGUGGCUGGUCAAGGCAGGCUGCCUUGCUCGCAGUUAUGCUAACUGCGAGAAGAGGCCUCGAGCACCCACUGCCCGACCAAGAGGGAUAUGCCACCUGUGUCGUGCCGGGCAGGUAAAUGUCCCAUUCGAGGACUUCAGGUUGCAAGCUGCGUGGAGGUCGACGCAAUUUCAACUUGACGACUGCCCAUUCACCUCUGUCCCUUCGUUGCUUCGACUUCCACAUGAAGCAGACAAACCUUCGCAGUUUUUCUCAUUUGACCUUUGGCACGCCUACCACCUUGGUCUGGGGAAGUGUUUCCUGGGAUCAGCGCUUGCAGUUAUUUCAGAAUACAUGCCUGGCUCGAACAUUGACCUUCGUUUCCAAAAUUUGACAACUGUUUUCCUCCAAUGGGCAGAAGAUUCGAAGACCACUCCUUAUAUCACCAUACUGACGAAAGAAGGGAUUCAAUGGCCAGACAAAAAGUCGUACCCUAACGGAAGCUGGCACAAGGGGCAUGUGACCACAACCCUCAUGAGAUUCGUGGUGUGGUUUUUGGAAACUCGCAAUUAUGCGUUGGAUGCUAUGUUGGUCAAGAUUUUAGAAGCAGCAAGGGCAAUGAACGAAGCCAUGACCAUUUUGUACAGCAAUGAUGUGUGGUUGCCCAGACUGGUAGCAAAUCAGGUUGGGAGACUUGGACGACGCCACAUGGAACUAUACCAGGAAAUGGCCACUAUCUGCUUCCGCCAAGGGCAGGCCCUGUGGCCUUUUAUGCCCAAAGCUCACAUUUGUGAUCACAUCUGGUCUGAACUUGAGUUCUGCGAGGCCCCACACAUAAUUUCACCGUUAUGCCAUGCUGUCCAGAUAGACGAGGACAUGGUUGGCCGAGUGUCGCGUGUGUCGCGACGAGUUUCACCCAUGCAAGUAAUUAAAAGGGUAUUGCAAAGGACGCUCCAUGCAUCCUUUGCCCAUUUUGUCAAGUGCGGCUACGUCCACUCGAGGUGA